AUGGCAGAUGUGGUCCCAUCUAUUGAAUAUGACUCCCAUGUGGGAGGAGAAUCUUGUCCUGGUUUUGAUAAAGAGUUAAGUGAAGACUUAGGGGACUGUAAUGAUUUAGGGUUUGGAGAGGACUUUGUAAAAGCUGAAAUACCUCAUGAACCUACUUUUAUUAAAAACUUGAGUGGUUGUGGUACUACAGAUAGGGGUGAAAACCUAGGUGGUGGUGAUGAUGUUUCUUCUAUUGGUAAGGACUUAGGUGGUUGUGGUGGUGGUGUUUUUGCUAUUAGUAGGGGCUUGGGUGAUGGUAGUGUUGCUGCUAGGGGUGAGAACUUAGGUGGGGGUAGUAGUGAUUUUUUUGCUAGUAGUGGGGACUUUGGUGAUGUUGGUGUUGCUGCUACGAGUGAGGACUUAGGUGGUGGUGGUGUUUCUACUAUUGGUGGGGACUUGGGUAAUGGUGGUGGUGUUGCUAGGGAUCAGUACUUAGCUGGUUGUGGCAGUGAUUUUUUUGCUGCUGGUGGGGACUUUGGUGUUAAUAGUGUUGCUGGUAGGGGUGAGGACUUAGGUGGUGGUGGUGGUAGUAAUAAGAGUGAUGAUUUGGGUAGUGUAAACGGUGUUUCUGCUACUGGUGAGAAUUUAGGUGGUGUUUCUGCUGGUAUUAAUCAGAAUUUAUGUGACACUACUUUUGUUACUACAACAAAUGUCCCAGUCAUUCCAUUCGAUUGGGAAAAUAAAAGUGAUGUUAGUGAAAAGUCAGAUUAUUGUGAUUUCUUUGAUGAAGGUGAAGAUGAUGAGUAUGGUAGUGAUGUUCAUGAGGAGGUAAGGAUUUUGAGGGAACAAAAAAGGGCUGCCAAAAGGAAGAGAUCUGAUGAAACAAAAAAGAGAAAAAAACAAGAGCCUAGAGCAAAAGGUGUUAGCUUAGGUAAAAAGGGAGUGGAUGUGGGAUAUGAUGAGAUUUUAUCCAAGAAAAAAAAUAGUCUAGAGGGCAAGAUAGCUGGAGAUGAGCCAUAUAUUGAUUCAGAUGAUGAGGUAAGUUUUGAAAUAGAUUCUGAUCAGGAUAUUUAUGGGGAUGCUGAGGUUGAACAACCUGCUAGAAGAGAAGGAAAAACAAGGAGAGCAAAAAGAAAUUAUUAG